AGUCACUGCCAAGCUACAGUCUAUAGGAGCAUCAUGUCUUGCACCGCUCGUAUGUCCUCCAGGGCUGGAGGCAGCGGCUCCAUCCGGGGCUCAACCUGUGGCACUGGCUUCAGCGGUGGAAGCAAAUGCGGCCUUGGUGGCGGCUCUGGUGGCCGGGGCUUCCGGGGAGGCUCCGGCAGCUGCGGCAUGAGCGGAGGGUCCAGCGGUGGCUUCGGCGGGGGUUUAGGUAGCUUCUCAAGCGGAGGCGGAUAUGGCGGAGGGUCCGGUUCUGCGUCCGGCUUUGGAGGCUCUGGCUUUGGCGGGGGCUCUGGCUUCGGCGGGGGCUCUGGCUUCGGCGGGGGCUCUGGCUUCAGUGGGGGAUCCGGAUUCGGUGGCGGUGCUGGCGGAGGCUUCUAUAGCUAUGGCGGUGGCAUGGGUGGCGGUGGUGGCGGCAUGGGUGGCGAUGGGGGACUUUUCUCCGGAGGUGAAAAGCAAACCAUGCAGAACCUCAAUGAUCGCCUGGCCAAUUACCUAGACAAGGUCAGAGCCCUGGAGGAGGCCAACACUGAUCUAGAGAUCAAAAUCAAGGAGUGGUACGAGAAAAAUGGGUCAGGGUCUGGAGACACUAGCACUGGAAGAGAUUACAGCAAAUACUACCCGAUAAUUGAAGAUCUGAGGAAUCAGAUUAUCACAGCCACGAUUGAAAAUGCUGGAAUCGUUCUGCAGAUUGACAAUGCCAGGCUGGCCGCUGAUGACUUCAGACUGAAGUAUGAGAAUGAGCUGUACCUGCGGCAGUCCGUGGAGGCCGACACCAACGGCCUGCGGAAGAUCCUGGAUGACCUGACCAUGACUCGGUCAGACCUGGAGAUGCAGAUCGAGAGCCUCACGGAGGAACUGGCCUACCUGAAGAAGAACCACGAGGAGGAAAUGAAGAGUAUGCAAGGAGGCACCACCACGGGAGACGUGACCGUGGAAAUGAAUGCUGCCCCAGGAACCGACCUGACCAAGCUGCUGAAUGACAUGAGGGCUCAGUACGAGGAGCUGGCGGAGCAAAACCGCAGGGAGGCGGAGGAGCAGUUCAACAAGCAGAGCGCUUCCCUGCAAGCCCAGAUCACCACCGAUGCCGGGGCCGCCAACUCUGCCAAGAGUGAGAUAACAGAACUGAAACGCACCAUGCAAGCCCUGGAAAUCGAGCUCCAGUCCCAACUGGCCAUGAAAAGCUCCCUGGAGGGCACACUGUCCGACACCGAGGGCGGCUACAUGGUGCAGCUGUCGGAAAUCCAGAUGAAGAUCAGCAGCCUGGAGGGGCAAAUCUGCCAGAUCCGCGGCGAGAUGGAGUGCCAGAACGCAGAGUACGAGCAGCUGCUCAACAUCAAGACCCGCCUGGAGAUGGAGAUCGAGACCUACCGCCGCCUGCUCGAUGGCGAGGGCGGAGGAAGCUCCGGAAGCAGACAGACAGGAGGAGGAGGUGGAGGAGGCAGAGGUAGUGGACCCAGGGGUUCGAUAUCUGGAGGCUCUAUGUCUGGAAGCUCCAUGUCUGGAAGCCAGUCCAAAGGAUUUUCAGAUCAAGGCAAGAGUAGAGUGACGAAGACCAUCGUAGAGGAGGUGGUGGAUGGCAAAGUCAUCUCCUCUCAAGUCAGCAAUAUUUGUGAAGUGAAAAUUAAAUAAGUGAUUUCCAGUUUCCAGCUCAACCAGGGUGUCUUUCAGAGAAAAAAAAAAUAUAUCUAAAGGACACAAAUGAGAAAACCACAUCAAUCUGAUCAUCUUUCUGGAUAAUUUCAGGAGACAGUUUCCAUCUGGAAUCAAUAACUAACCAAUUUCUCUGCAUACUCCUCUUUUCUGAUUAUAAUGCUCUUAAAAAAAUUAAAAUGACUACUUUGCUCUAAUUGUUUCUGUGCUUCAAUAAACUUACUUUUGCAAGUUAAA